UUGGCCGGCAGUGAGUGGAACCACUUUCAGAACAGACAGACCUGGCUGAGGGUGUGUGGGGGGGUGGGGGGAGUUAAUCUGGCAGAAUAAGGGACGUCUGUCACAAACAUAGGGCACGGCUCCUGUUGGGCCCACCUUUCCUGUUUUGCUGUGCUCACUAUCCUGUCAUUGGGCAGUGAAGCCUUUGCUCGGAGCCAGCUCCUGCUAUAUAACAGUGAGAGUCCAUGAGGUUCUGACAGUCAGAAAGCAGCGAUGUCUGCAGUUCCCACUAUGUCUGUGUUUGUGUUCCUCGUCCUCUUCUGCUUCUCUCCCGUGCUGGCCAGUUUUGAUCGGUACAACAGGACGUGCGUUGGCAAAGCGAUAAACCAGUGCCAAGACCUGAGGUCAGCUGUGAAGUGUAAAGCAGUGCAGCACUGUGUGAAGACCGUAUGGAGCCAGGCUAAAGCUAAUGACGACAUCUGCGACUUGUGUAAGAGGUUCAUGGGGGUUGUGGCUGACAUGGUGAAGGACAAAACUGUGCAGGAUGCCGUGCAAAAGGUUCUGCACCAAGGCUGCAAUCUGAUACCCAUCAAACAAUUUGCUGAUAAGUGCAAUGACCUUGUCGAUACCUACCUACAGAUCAUCAUUGACCUUCUUGAGAAAGAGGUGGAACCAGAUGCAUUGUGUGCUGCCCUUGGCUUGUGCAAGUCUCUGCAGGAGGAAUCCCUCUAUGAUGGCACCGCCAAGGCCAAGCUGGGUGUAGACAACUUCUCACCGAUUUCAAAUCAAGUCUGGAGACGAAUCAAGGAGCCACUUCCCAAACAUAGAUAUACGUGUGAAUCCUGUCACCUUCUGAUGAAGAAAUUGCAACGAUUAUUGCCUGAGGGGAAAACGGAGGCUGCCGUCGCCAAAUUGCCCAGAAAGGUCUGCUCUCGAAUGACAGGCAAAUACUUGACGAAAUGUCAUGGUUUUAUGGAAAGGUUUGGGGAGACUGCCAUGGAUCUGCUGUCCAAAGAAGUUCAGCCCAGGGCUGUGUGUGACAUUCUUCGCAUUUGUUCCACCGUAGAUUCAAAGGAGCUGGCGCUGCCUCUAAUGCCCUGUGACAUGUGUGAGAACGUUGUACGUCAAUUCAAGGCAGCUCUGAACAAAGGCACAAGAAUGGAUCUAAUGCUGCAGGAAACCUGUAACCCGUUCUUGGAUAUCUCGAAUUUUGUGUGUGAAGAAUUUGUCUACGUCCAUGCACCUGCACUCACCAAUAUUUCAGAGUAUCCAGAGGAUUUUGAUCUGUGUGGGGCUCUGCGCAUCUGUACAAGAAAAGUGGAUGCACAUUUCAACAGAAUCCUCCAACCUGUAUAAAGCUGUCGAACGGUGAGAGGAGCAAGAUUUGAACUAAGGCCAGCCCCGCAUAUUUUUUUUUUUAAAAAAGAAAAUUCCUCUUGCACUGCUUAGAAAUUUAAUUCAGGAUCAGCACACACUCACUGAAUGCUGGAGACACUCAGCAGGUCUGAGCAUCUGUGGAGAAAGGAAAAACAUUCAAUGUUUCAAGUCCAAACGUUUCAAACUGUUUGGUUGUUGCACGUGUUGGGAAUGAGUGUGGAAAUAUUAACACAUUCAGCUAAAACCCUGUUUGCCUCCAUAACAAUGCACGCAGUUCCGAAACAGUUCACUGUCUCAGAACAAUUCCAAGGUCCAUCUCAGGUCGGACAAGGCACUGUCAGUUUAAGUCUUCUUUUUCCAAUCUCUGCUGUCAAAGACUUGCAGCCAAACAUCGCCAAGGCGACAGCAACAUUAGGACCAACACCACUUUGUUGAUUCAACAUGGGGAAAGAAAAGCUAGCCUUCUCAAAAGAAGAAAGAGGUGAUUGUGACAGAAUUUGAUCUGAUCAAUGUCAAUCUGAAUUCACCCAGUAACCUCUCCCAUUAAAUUUUCCUUCCCUUGUCCUCUGGAGCUGAUUGCAAGUUAGUCACACGGACUUUAAAAAUGUGCUUUAAAACCUUGAUUCGCUUGCUUAAUAAACUUUUUUUAACUAACAUA